UGGUGCGGGAGGCGGGAAGGGUCGGCGGUGCUGGGAGAAGCCUGGGUGAGGCGUGUGCGUUAGACCGGCAGCCUUUGGUAUGGGGCCGCGUUGUUAGCACCUGGCUUUGGUCGCAAUCAGUUGGUGGUGGUGUUUUCUGAAGCUGGAGUGUUUAUUGUCACAUCCUUACAGCCCCACCCUUCUUCAUUCUCGCUUUUUGUUUUCUGGGGUCGUAUUGCAAGUCUCACCGCUGUCGGUUUCAGAGGCAUGCUCAUCCUGCACUGAAUUUAGUGCACAGCAGUGGCAGAGGGAGUUCACCCGCUGCUUAUUCACCUGUCCCAGCAGCUGUCGUCCAGGUGCCCCAGCCGUACCAGUGCAGGUUCCCUCCACAAGGAAACCCAAGGAGCAGGCUUUUCCCGACUCUGCAUAAGGGAUGGGUAGUCUUGAUCCCAGGAAAAAUACUGGACUAAGGGCAUAGAAAUCUGAAGACCUCUGUUUCUUCUAGAAGAGGUGGAGAAGCUAGAAACACUUCAGUUUAAAAUAUGUGGAGGAAUUAAUCUGCAAAAAGCAUGUGCUUACUGAUGCUAUGGAAUGAAAGGGUGUUCAUUUGCAGAUGAAGAAAAUGAUCAGCUGGAGGGUGGAAAUGGUCAGACAUAACCUUCUUUCUGGAAGCUGAUAUGUGAUUUAGCUUUAGGAGGUUUUCCAUAUAAUUUCCAUACAAUUUUGUGAUUUUAGGAAUUGUCACCUUGGUUUAACGGAAGGUGAUAAAGUAAGAAGGAGAGAUGGGAAACCCAGAAAACAUUGGAGAUGCAUAUGUUGCUGUGAUCCGUCCAAAGAAUACUGCUAGCCUCAAUUCUCGGGAAUAUCGAGCUAAAUCCUAUGAAAUUUUGCUGCUUGAAGUCCCCAUUGAAGGCCAAAAGAAAAAAAGAAAGAAAGUUUUGCUGGAAGCUAAACUUCAAGGAGGCACUGAGGUAACCCAGAGCAUCUUGGAUUAUGUAUUAGAAACCACCAAACCGAUUUCACCAGCCAAUCAGGGUAUUAAAGGAAAGCGUGUGGUGUUAAUGAAGAAGUUUCCUCUAGAUGGAGAGAAGGCAGGCCAGGAGGCAUCUCUCUACAUUGUUCCAACUGUUGUGAAAGAUAAUACAAAAUAUACAUACAGCCCUGGAUGCCCUGUGUUCUACUGUUUACAAGACAUCAUGAGAGUCUGCAGUGAAUCCAGCACACACUUUGCUACGCUUACAGCAAAAAUGUUAAUUGCCUUGGAUAAGUGGUUGGAUGAACGGCACACGCAGUCUCACUCCAUCCCAGCUUUAUUCAGACCAUCUCCUCUUGAGAGAAUUAAAACAAAUGUAAUAAACCCUGCCUAUGCUAUAGAACCUGGUCAAACAGAGAGCUCAUUGCACAUGGGUUAUACUGCCCUAGAAAUAAAGAGUAAAAUGCUGGCAUUGGAGAAAGCAGAUAUGUGUAUCUACAAUCCUUUGUUUGGAUCUGACCUUCAGUAUACCAAUAGGGUUGACAAGGUGGUAAUAAAUCCAUACUUUGGCCUUGGAGCCCCAGACUAUUCAAAGAUUCAGAUUCCUAAAAGAGAAAAGUGGCGACGUAGCAUAAGCAGUGUCACAGAGGACAAGGAACACCAGUGGGUAGAUGAUUUCCCUCUUCACCGCAGUGCUUGUGAAGGCGACUCUGAUUUACUAAGCCACCUUCUGGAUAAAAAGUUUUCUGUUAAUCAGUUGGAUAGUGACCACUGGGCACCAAUCCAUUAUGCAUGCUGGUAUGGAAAAGUUGAAGCCACUCGAAUGCUGUUGGAGAAAGGGAAAUGUAAUCCAAAUCUUUUGAAUGGUCAACUUAGCUCUCCUCUUCAUUUUGCUGCUGGAGGUGGGCAUGCUGAAAUAGUACAAAUUCUACUAAAUCAUCCAGAAAUUGACAGACACAUCACUGAUCAACAAGGAAGAUCUCCACUGAAUGUCUGUGAAGAGAACAAACAAAAUGAGUGGGAAGAAGCUGCAAAACUACUGAAGGAAGCCAUCAAUAAACCUUAUGAAAAGGCGCGAAUUUAUCGUAUGGAUGGGUCGUAUCGCUCUGUGGAGCUGAAACAUGGAAACAACACAACUGUCCAGCAAAUAAUGGAGGGCAUGCGCCUCUCUCAAGAAACUCAGCAGUACUUCACCAUCUGGAUCUGUUCUGAGAACCUCAGUCUCCAGCUGAAGCCAUAUCACAAGCCUUUGCAGCAUAUUCGAGACUGGCCUGAAAUAUUCACUGAACUGACAAACUUGGAUCCUCAAAGGGAAACUUCACAGCUUUUCCUGAGAAGGGAUGUGAGACUUCCACUGGAAAUAGAAAAAAAGAUUGAGGAUCCAUUGGCUAUUCUUAUACUUUUUGAUGAAGCCAGAUAUAAUUUACUGAAGGGUUUUUAUACAUCACCUGAUGCAAAGCUGAUUACACUGGCAAGUUUGCUUCUACAAAUAGUCUAUGGAAAUUAUGAGAGCAAGAAACAUAAGCAGGGCUUUCUAAACGAAGAAAAUCUUAAAUCUAUCGUACCAAUAACUAAACUAAAAAGCAAAGCUCCUCAUUGGACAAACAGGAUACUUCAUGAAUAUAAGAAUCUCAGCACCAGUGAAGGUGUCAGUAAGGAGAUGCAUCACCUUCAGCGCAUGUUCUUGCAGAAUUGCUGGGAAAUUCCUACUUAUGGAGCAGCUUUUUUCACAGGACAGAUAUUCACCAAAGCAAGUUCGAGUAGCCAUAAAGUCAUCAAAGUGUACGUAGGAGUAAAUGUAAAAGGGCUGCACCUCCUCAACAUGGAAACAAAGGCUUUACUCCUCAGCCUAAAGUAUGGUUGCUUUAUGUGGCAGCUGGGAGAUGGAGAUACGUGUUUUCAAAUCCACAGUCUGGAAAACAAAAUGAGCUUUAUUGUGCAUACCAAACAGGCAGGACUCGUUGUAAAACUCCUCAUGAAAUUAAAUGGCCAGCUAAUGCCAACUGAAAGAAAUGAGUGAUGGAAAUGAAGAAUAGUUACAAGAUGGCAUCUUAUGGCUGAGCAAAAAAAAACUUGUUCCUCCUCGUAACAGGACUUCCAUGUACAUGAAUUUUACACAAUAGAAAAGUCAAUUUGUACAGUUUUUUUUAACUUUGUACAGAA